AUGGCAAAUUACACUAUGAACACUGUAGACAGCUUUAUAAUCACUGGAUUUGAUCACCUGCAGAAUCAAAAGUUCCUCGGAUUCCUCAUCUUAACAGCCUACAUGCUCAUACUGCUUGUGAAUUCCAUUAAUUUGUGUAUAAUCUCAACUAACAGACAUUUACACAAACCAAUGUACAUAUUAAUCUGUAAUCUAGCUGUUGUUGACAUAAUAUUUUCUUCUAGCUGCAGCACAACCAUGAUCUCAGUGCUGCUGGCUGAGAUCAAAACGGUUUCAUACCACUCUUGUAUCUCAAGGACAUUCUUUGCUCAUCUUGGUGAUGUUACAGAGUGCCUGGCUCUGACAUUAAUGGCAAUUGACCGACUUAUUGCAAUUAGACUUCCUUUAAGAUACCAAAGCAUUGUAACAAAUUCACGAAUACUUCUGUUCAUUUUUCUAACCUGGCUUGCUGGUUUUGCUGUUAUAGGUUAUUUGAUAUCAGUAGUAGACAAUGUCCCGUACUGUCAGCCUGUCAUCAGAUAUGUGUUCUGUAAUUAUGUUUCUAUGAUGAGAGCUGCUUGUGUUGGUGCUGAACCAUAUUUUUUCAUAAGUACAAUGAUAAGUGUGGGACCAAUAUGUGGACUGCUUCCCUUUAUUCUGUGUACCUAUGUUGUUAUGGCGUAUAGUGUGUCUAAACUCUCCAACAACGCAAGCAAAAAGCAAUUGAUCAACACUUGCUUGAGUCACAUCAUUGUCCUGUUCAGUUAUUAUGCACCAAAGCUGGUCUCUGUUUUUCUAACUCGAUUAAUAGUUGGGAUGACUUUGACAGACCGAAAUACAAUUUUUAUUGUACCCUCUCUAGUUUCUCCCCUAAUCAACCCUGCUGUUUAUUGCACCAGAACUAAAGAAAUCAGGAAAAGAUUAGCAAAUGUAUUUAUGCGCAAAACAAUUGUACCAAAUCAUUUAAAGAUCUCCACUCUGGACCUAGGACCCAUCUAA